AUGGGUCAAUUAUUAUUUGAUGAUGAGGACAUAAUAAAUCGAUGGAAAGAGUAUAUUGAGGAGCCUUAUGAGGGAGAAAAACAGGAGGAAAUUACAAUAGAUGAGAAAAAAACAAAACUACCCAUCUUAAGAUCAGGAUUUGAGCUAGCGCUCUAUGAGUUGAAACAAAAUAAAGCUCCUGGGACUGAUAACAUAACAGCAGAACUAUUGCAAUGUGCUAGUAUGAAGAUAAAGGAUGCUUUAUACCAACUAACUCAGGAUAUAUAUGAGAAAGGAGAUGUGCCAGACGAUUACUGUAAAAGCAUAAUUGUAACUAUACCAAAGAAAAAAGGAGCAAAUUCCUGUAAGCAGUUUAGAACACUGAGCUUACUGACGCAUGUAUCAAAAGUCCUAAAAAAAAAUAAUAAAUCGAAGAAUAGAAAUAAACGUGGAACAGUAUUUAAAAAAUGA